CGUAAAGAGACGUGGCACGUUGAAGUUCAAAUGAUGACCAUCGCUCUUUGCCUUUCCCACAAUCCUCUUUGAUUUAGUGACAGGGCAGCAAGAAGUGUAGAGGAGCAUACUUAAUCACCUGGUAGGGACUGCAAGCAUGGCCUCGAGAAAUGGCGCGGUCGGCAAAUGGGAGGUGGUGAAGAAGGGCAAGAAAAGUAGUAGCACGGGAGGUGGUAAAAGCUCGGCGGACAGGAGAGCUCUCGGGGAGUCCAAUCUGCCAUCCAGACAGGCCACAAUUAUGUCACGCACUUUGUUUGAAGCCUUUGAGAAGAUCUCAAAUAAACAGAACAAGGAGCAGGUUCCGCCGCCAACUGAGCCUCAAAAAAAGAAGUCCUCUCCGACAAAACCAUCCAAGAAGUUGUCCUCCACCACUGAAUCCACCCCUGUCACUCACAGGACUCUGGAAGAGGCCUUUAAAGCCCUAAAUGUUGCAGAUCUGAAAGAACAGUUGGCUAAGAGUCAGGCGAUGUUCCCCAAAAACCCAUCGGUGUGGUCAAAAGACCUGGCAGGAUACCUCAACUUCAAGCUGACGGCACCAGUUGCCGAGCCAACCCUCAGCAGCUAUGCUCAUGACUACCCAUACUGUCUUGUAAGCAAGGAGCUGAAGGCUGUCAUCAAAGGCAUUAUUGGGAAUUGCAGUGACGCCCUGCCAGAUUUCUUUGACCACUGUCUUUACACCAUGCUCCGAGAACUCGAGAGGCACUCAGGGGAGCCGCUACAUGGAUACAGAGUUUGCAUUCAAGCAAUCUUGCGAGACAAACCCAAACUGGCAACCCAGAACUUGCCUGAGUAUUUGGAGUUGCUGCGGUCGGUGCAGAAUCAUCCUGUCAAGUGUUUGACCAUCAUGUGGACUCUGGGCCAAGCAGGUUAUUAUGACCUGAGCCAGGGACUAAGAGUGUGGCUUGGUAUCAUGCUUCCUGUCCUGGGUGUGAAGCCGCUGUCCUCAUAUGCCAUUGCCUACCUGGAGAGGGUACUCCUCCUCCAUGCAAACCUGACAAAAGGAUUUGGCAUCAUGGGACCUAAAGAGUUCUUUCCUUUACUGGAUUUUGCCUUCAUGCCCAAGAAUGCCCUGUCUCCAGGUCUGCAGAAGCAGCUGAGGCGCCUUUACCCUCGUCUAAAAGCCUUAGCAUUUGGAGCCAAACCUGAGAGCACCUUACACACGUACCUGCCAUCGUUUCUGUCCAGAGCCACACCACACUGUCCGGAAGACAUGAAGAAAGAGUUGCUCAGCAGUAUGACACAGUGUUUGUGUAUGGAUGUUCAGAGUUUAGGUGUGUGGAGGCAGCUCUACACCAAACAUUUAGCUCAGUCCAGUCUGCUGCUGAACCAUUUAUUGGGCUGCUGGAAUACCCUGCCACCAAAGCUGAGGAAGAGUCUUGAAGACACGAUUCAAUCUUUCAAAGUGACCAAUGAAGAGAUUAAAGAAAGCAACCAGUCUCAGGACCUUAACGACUGCAAUAAUCUGUGUCAGUCUCUCCACGUGAAGAUGCGUGGACAUGGUUUCCCCUGGUCUAAGCUGCUGUUGGUCCUGUUGGUGUUUGCCGCUGGUUUUAUUGCUCAGGACAUCCGAUCUCACAGCUCCUUCACGGAUUCAGCCACAGCCAGACAUCUUCACAGCUCAGGUGUAAUGGCCGUGUCUCAGCAAGCGUGGAGGAAAAUCACCGUCUACUCUAAGCAGGGCUUCAGCUGGCUGAAGACAAACACACCAUAUUAUUACUCUGAGAGUGUGCGGGCCUUUGGACCACUGAUAGAUCAAGGGCUGGAGACAACCAAAACGGCAGCCAUCUUUAUCUCUGAAAAAAGCAAUCACAUCAUCGUAUGGGUCAAAGAAAACGGCCCACUGCUCAUAGAAUGGGUGAAGACAAACACUCCCGACAGUGUCUACGAUGUUUUGGCUUAUCUGAAAUCGCUGCUCCUCUUCCUCCACCAAAACUACAUCUUGCCAGCAUUGAUGUUUUUAAUUGAGCUAUUACAACAAGUGUGGACCAACCUUCAGGACUCCUGCAAUGGUGAAGUAUCUGUUUCGUGUCUGAGAGGUCACGCAUUGUCCUUCACCAACUCAACAUGGCAGCUGCUCCAACAUACGACGUCUGCCAUCACGACGUGGGCUCAGGAGCUGCUGACUCAAGCGUAAAAUACAACAAACACAUGUAAAGCGCACACACACUCACAAUAGUCAAAUACACAAGGCGACCCAGUCUGAGGUUGCCUUUCACUGCGCCUGUUCCUCUCUUAGUCUUAUUGGAUACUGUUGGGUCAAAUAACUAACUCUUCUGUUGGUUUUGACAAAAAACUUUUAUCAAGAAGCUCACAGUGUGGUGAGUGCUUUUUUUUUUUUUUUUUCUCUCUUUUUUCUUCUUCUUUCUUCCUCUACCAAUACCUUUUCACUGCUGGAUGCAGACACAGAUUGAGUUUUCUACUGUAUAGGUCAGCUUAUGUAAGCUUGAAGAUGAUUUAUUAAUGAUGUUUUAUUUAAAUUGGAAAAGUGUUGUAUGAAAACUGGCAAAGUGUUGAGAAAUGACCAAAAAUCUUUUCUUACCUGAUCACAUUCUUAUUCAAAUGUAGAAAUUUAAAUUGCAUUCAGUUUGUGUGCGUGUGUGUGUGUAUGUAUGUUGGGACUGUGUAAAGCGGUCAUCAGUCUUGGGGAAAGUCUACUCACUAGCUCACAAACCUAAAGUGCCCCCCAAAAGAAACAUCUGUUGGGACCCACUGUUGCUGUUAAAUAGCUACAGGCAGGGUGGUCCAUUGUGUCACGUCAGUCCAGAAAGUUCUUAAGGAGAUAAAACCUGCUGUUGACACAUUGUUUUUUUGUAUUGAUUCCUAGCCCCCCCCCUCACUGUCAUCAUCACUCAAAAUUGAUGGCUGAUUUCUUUUUUUUUUUGUCCGGGUAUGUGCCCACAUAUACACUUAUUACCAUGAUUUUGAAGGUGUAAAAGCCCUGACCAGUGUUCUCAGCCACAUAGUAGUGUAACAAUGUCGCCCUCUACUAUAAAACGUUUCACACUAAGCUGAUCUUCUUAAUUGUCCCUAUGAAAGACAUUUGGAUGGAUGUGAUCAAUUUAUGUCAAUAAAUGAGUAGUAAUAAAGACUUCAUUUCACAUAA